AUGAUCUCGCAGCGCAUGCGUUCUGAUAGCGUAGGAAUCUACGUUCCUACGAAUAGUAGCGACAUGUUCAGUUUCGGAGUGGAGACUGCCAAGAAGAGCGUGCGUGCGUGGACCCGGAUCUAG